AUGCCAAACGCUGCCCCAAUUAUCGGACGCCACAGACGUCGGCGCUCCGCACUACGACAAAUUACCAUCAGCGCCGCCCACGGCGGCCAAAUCGGUUGUCAAACUUUCCGUCGACGUCGACCGUUCAUUCUCCGCCAACAACAGACUCUCGCCGGCGCCGCCCACGACGGUCAAAUCCUUGUCAUCCACCGUUCUCACCCCCGCGCACUGCCGACAUUGAUUCACGCACAACACACAGCCGUCGCCGUCGCGUCGCGUCGCCGGACCGCCGUCGCAGUUUCGUCGCGUCGUGUCGCCGCAGUGACACAACUCCUCGUCUUCUUUCGCCGCCGCACUGCACAGCCACCGUCCACCUACUCGCCGCCUCGUCUGUCAGCCGUCUCGAUGCCUCAUCUCCGUCAGCAAGCACGUAUCUUCGUCUCUGUCUGUCACCUAAUCGGACGACGGAAAAAAGGGCGUGCGACAACGGAGGGUGAAAUUUGUGGCAGAGGCGGGUCUGUGGGCGGACGGACAACUGGAGGAGAUGGCAAAUGGGGUGAAGCUAUUGUGACGGCGGAGGAGGCAAUUUUUGACGGAGACGGGCCUGUGGGUGGAGGAGCUGCUGGGGCAGGUUACAGAUGGGGCGGAGAUGUUGGUUGUGAUGGUUUGUGGUUCCGACAGCAGUGGUCUUGUAAGAUUUUGGGUUGA